AAUGUGGGGGAGUUGACCAAGGACCCACAGAUAAGAGUUGGAGGAAGGCCGACUUCAGGGCUGUGUCUCCUGAGCAAGCUGCUGUUCUGGACAAUCAUCAAGGAAUUUGCUAGUGUUUCAAUCUUACAAUGGCUGCCGUUCAAGCAGAUGUUUCCAUGUGGUCUGGGCCUUGGCAGAGCCCCGUGAACAUCUACGGGGGCCUGGUAUGCAACUGGUUGAUGGCUGACUCCUGGUCGGACAGGACCUCCCUGCAUGAGGCGGCGUUCCAGGGCAGAUCCCUGCAGCUCAGGGCUCUCGUCACUCAGGGCUUCCCCGUGGACACGCUCACCAUCGACAGAGUCUCUCCUCUCCACGAGGCCUGUCUCGGGGGUCACUACGCCUGUGCCAAAUUCCUGCUGGAGAGUGGCGCCGAUGCAAACGCCGUGUCCACAGAUGGUGCCACACCUCUCUUCAACUCCUGCCGGAGCGGGAGCGCCGCUUGUGUCGGGCUCCUCUUGCAGCACGGCGCCUCCGUCCACUCCGCCCACCCUCUGGCUUCACCCAUCCAUGAAGCUGCCGAAAAAGGUCACAGGGAGUGUCUGGAGCUGCUGCUGCCCGCCUGUGGAGGUCUCAUUGACCCCGAGCUGCCAGGGGUGGGGACGCCGCUGUACUGCGCCUGCCAGGCCCAGGCCUCAGCCUGCGUGGAGCUGCUGCUGCAGAGGGGUGCAGAUGUCCACACUGGAUGCGGGCUGGAGACUCCUUUGCACGCGGCGGUUGGGGCCGGAGGGCCAGACGUGGUCGAGCUGCUGCUUGACUUCGGGGCCGAUCGGGCGUGCAGGAACGCAGAGGGACACACUCCUCUGGACCUGUCGGCGCCAAACAGCGCAGUUAGAGACGCACUUCAGAGAGCAGGUCCCUGCUCUCUGGCCCAGCUGUGCCGUUUCCGUAUUCGCCGAAGUCUGGGGAGCAGUCGUUUGCACAGAGCGUCCAGCCUCUGCCUCCCUCGCACCAUCCAGGAUUUCCUUCUCUACCGAUGAGAAGUCCUGCUCGUGAGGCUCUCCGUGUGCUUACACCGUAUGCCAGAUGCCUUUCUUUGUCACAGACUUACAAGUCAAGAAAAAGGAAAGUCUGCGAUCAUAGACUUUUGGAUUUGCGUGGUAACACCGUUAUUUGUAUCUGUCUACUCUACGCCCAGCUUUUUAUGGAAUGCCUGUAGGUUUGGCCUCAUUUCAAAAUGCAUUUGCAACAGGGCGGAAACAGUUCCACUCCUCUUUGUUUUUUUGUUGUUUUGUUGGGUUUUUUUCCCCCCAUCAGUGAUGCAGUUUUAUGAAACCUUUACACGGCUCCACAGGGAGCUGUUUGAAUGUCACUUGAAUCAGUGUCUGUUCGGGCAGAAGGUUACAGGACCUCAAAUGGAAUAAAAAAAGAAAACUCUAGGGUGUUAGCCUUGAGUUUAUUAGACUUUUGUGGCUGAGUUGUGAACAUCUGAUACAUGGAUACUUCCUUUACUUCUGUCAAGGCAUCAUUUCGUGAUUUAUGGCGCCGUAUCUGAUAAGAUACUAUAGCCGAGGCAUUGUGGGA